GAGAGCUAGCCGGAAGCAGUAGCCAGCCGCAGGCAUUAUAUCUCGUCAAAAGGGCAGACAUUGUAGUAUAUCGUGAGCACAGAUCGGUGCUCGUGAAGUAGGCUGUUGUCAUGUUGCCUGGGUCGAUGAAAUUGGAGGUUUUUCUUCCUCCAGGAUUAUGAUGUCGGCGUGACUUGCUAGCGUCGCCUGAGCUGCACUGGCAGCUGCUGCCUUUCUCCUCAGGUUUGCUGUGUUUGGACACGUAGCUCGGGAAUGAUGAUCCACAAUGCAGCGGCAUCACAGGACCCUUACCAGGGUGCAGGGGAAAGGGGGGAGCUGGUGCACACUAUAUCCAAGGACACUCUGGCGUCUCCAGACGCUUCUGAACUGGGAAGCCCGAGAUCUGCACUGAAUUUUGACCUCCUCAACAUGGUUGUGUCUUAUAAGAGAAUGGCACUCUUUCUGGAACCAGUUACAGAUGCCAUGGAGUUGGCCCGCUUCCUUCUCGGGUGGAGGAUGCCCCUGUGCUCGCUGCUCGUUUGUAUAUUCCUCAAUGUCGUCUUCUGCACUAUUAAUGAAGUGGGUUGGCUGGCAGUGUGUUUGGUGGCAGUCACUGUGCCUGCUGCCCUGGGAUACCUGCAGGACAGGUGCUGGGGCAGAGCCUCUGAGGCAGAACUCCAGAGGAGGCACUAUCACACUGUACACCGCCGAGAUUUGCAGACUGUUCAUCUCAGUAAACAGGAGGCCAUGCUGGAAGUCAAAGACCUGUUGAAGCAUCUGGAUGACAUGCUGUCUUCGGCCUGUCAAUCAGCAGAGACACUUUACAAGGUCCUGUACUGGGACAAUCACACCACAUCAUCAAGGUUUUAUGUAGGAUUGUUUACAGUGGUGUGUCUUCUCUACCUCGCUCCUGUGGGCUGGGUGAUUGCUGGGUUGAACAGCGCCAUCUUCCUUUGGAAUAGAGACUUCCACAGAGUUUUGUUGGACCUGAAGAAGCUGCUCCAUAUUGGGCAGACCUCCACUUCAGAGGUAGCGUGUGAAGAACAGGAGCACAGCAAUGUAGUGGACAGGACACCCACACCAACCAGUCUGGAGGACAUAUCACCUGGCAGUGUAGAAGAAGCGGAAGAAGCUGAGCCUGAUGAUGAAUUUAAAGAUGCAAUUGAGGAAAGUUCAAUUUCCCUCCAGGAAACCCCUUUGGUGUUAGUGGAGGAUGAUGAUGGUCCACUUGGAGCUCCUGAGUUUGACGCCAUCUCUGAAAAUGGCCUCCUGAGUCGUAAUGAACCCAUACGCAGCAAAGUGUCCAAGCUGACAGAGAAACUGCGCAAACGCUAUCCCACUACCAGCGCAGGCAACUGUGCUAGCUGCAAUGCUGUCUUCUCAGUUCUGAAGAAAAGGAAGAACUGCAGUAACUGUGGCAACAGCUUCUGUUCACGAUGCUGUUCUUUCAAAGUGCUGAGGUCUUGCAUGGGGGCCACUGCUCCAGAGGCCCAGAGAGAGACUGUGUUUGUUUGUGCUACCUGUAAUUCCUCACUCAUCAAGUUACAAUGACAUGACGUUGGCCGUGUGACCUGGUGGGAUGUUCGUCACCGUUUCCUCCUCCACUCGUCACACCGUCAAGUUACUAAACCCUCGACACAUGCCUUGGUUUUCAACCUCUGGCACAUGCAUCCUUUGAGAUUGCCCUUUCCUUUUCUAUAUUAUGCCCAUCCUUGUCACUGGAUGUUGACGUUAAGGACCCUUGUUUGUCCCUUUGUUGAGCAAAGGGAUGUAUGAGCAUGCAUGAAAAUCAGGUGCUGUCAGGUGUCGCUUACAAGAUCAAUGGUUUUAAAAUGUUCUGGCUGACCAACAACAUGAUCAAAUUUGAAUGUUUUCAAAAUGCUACCCUGUGAUAGAGUAAACUUUGAAAUUUGAUUUCAGUCCCGCUUUGGUGACUAAAACUCUUGUGGAUUACUGUUUAAAAUAAUUUAAAAAAUAUGUGCAAUGAGUGACAUGCUUAACAAGGUGUGGCAAUGCACUGGCAAAAAACAAUUGGACUAGCAUGCUUUUCCUUGUGCUGGUGGAGCUUCAUGGAAUCUUAUUUUACACCUAACUGCAUACAAAUUCAGCCAACUGGAGUCUUUUAAUUGAACAGGGCAGCUGGGUCAAAUAGUCAGCUCCCUCACACUCUUGCAAGCAGGACUUAAGAAUGUAUCUGGUCUAAUUCUAACUUGUGACUGACCCAAGAUGCAAUGUUGUUUUUAAAAUUUAUGCAGGCACUGAUGAUUGUAAUUGUUUGCUUAGCUUGUAUUGUAACCAGACACAUCCCUUCUUCUAGAGCUAAUAUAUUUAAUUUAAAAUGCCUGAAAAUGCAAGUUAUUUGAUAUUUUUUUUUGUCACGUGUAUAUAUUGCUACAUAUUUUAUGGGUGAACUAUUUCAUUGUUGAAAUAAACUAGGAAAUCCCACAUGGCUGUAUGACAAUGUGCCUUAGUAGAGCAGACGCAACCUCCAACACCAAAUCCCAAGGAACCACCUGCUGAAUAAUACAAAUGACUGUGGAACUAUUGAACUUUUAUAUUUGACUUAAAUACAAAAUUAGUUUU